UUUUGUGUUCGAUCGACAUCUCUGAUCUAGAACCAUACGCAAGAGUAGAGAGAGAGAGAUCCAUUUUCGUCGGGUCAAAACCACCGGAGAGGGAGGAUUAAUGGCGGCGAUGUUAAUAGGAAGAGCUUUUAAAUCGGCUAGAAACUCUCAUUCGCUCGUCCGUGCUCGAUCCUUCUGCACAACAUCUGCUGCUCUUCAACCCGAUUCCGAUGGUCAGCCCUCGGAAUCUUCUUCUUCGUCGUCGUCUUCGUCCUCCUUCACGUUCGACAAGGAAAACGAGAAACCCAUCUUCGUGAAAGCUCCAAACGCUCGACGGAACAACGAUUCUGAUUCGGUGACGAUGCCGACCUCUUUCAUGACGGGCUCGAUCGUGGGGAAGAGAUUCUACAAGAAAGUGACGACGAGAGAAGCAGAGGAUGGAAAUGGAUGGACUGUGAUGCUCGAUUACAGAACCCUUAAAACCCCUUCGAAAAGACCUCUCAAGCUUCGUUCUUUGGCACUCGCCAAGGCCAUUGCAGCUGAAUGGGAGUAUCAGCUAACAGAAGGAAUCAGACCAUUCACGAUGCCGCUCAUGAGACUAGCAUGUACUGCACUCGAGAGAGUUCCUCUUACACGUUCAAAGAUCAUCGAGCUUCUAUUAAGAAAGUUACAUAAAGACCUCGUCUUUUUCCGAGCGCCUGCAGAUAAUGAUCUGACUUGUGACGUCCAUGAGGUUCAGGUAGAGAGGAUUGAUCCUCUACUUGAAUGGGUAGAAUCAGAGUUUGGGGUCAAACCGAAAGUGUAUUCGAGCAUCUUUGGUGGUAAACAAGACGACAAGCUAGUGAAAGCAGUAGAAGAUCUUCUCAAGAAGACGAAUGAUGGUGAACUCGCAAGCAUCGACGCACUUGAAGCAUCCGCUCACUCGGUAGUAAUCGCUCUUGGCAUCUUCUGUGGGAAACUGCAGAUCGAUGAUGCUAUCAAAUUGAUUAGACUUGAAGAAGAUUUACAGGUGGACAAAUGGGGACUCGUGGAAGGUGGGCACGAUAUUGAUAUUGCUGAUCUCAAAGUUCAGAUCUCAGCCGCUACUGUGUUUCUUGCUCUAUCCCGUGAGAACUUAUCAUCACUCUCUUUUGCUUCCAACAACAACUGAUCAGCUUCUCUCUGAGCUUAUCUGUUUGUAGAAAUGAUGAUGUGUCUUUUUUUGAUAUUAGUAUAUGACAUUGUUUAAUCUUCUAUUCACCAAUAAAGCAAAACCCGAA